AGAGAAAAGAUAUAGUUAUAUAGGCUUUGUAUACGUCCCAGCUAGAGAGAGAAAAACGUAAAGGAUUUCAGUUAACGGGGAGAAAGAGAAACUGAGAAAGGGAAGAAGAUGAAAGAGGAUGGUGUUUGGUAGUGCCAGCGAAGGCACAUUGAUCACCGCUUCUGCAUCCAUUCACGCAUCCCCACGUACUCCAGUCUGUACUCUCUCUCUAUCCUCUCUCGUUGGCUAAAGCAGCUGAAUCUCCACCUCUUAGGCAUCACUCUCUUCUUUCGUCGUCAGAGUUACUAAGCAGUGAAAAAGGCUUAGAAGGGCAGCGAUAGCCAUGGAUCCAUGCCCUUUUGUGCGUAUAACAGUAGGGAAUUUGGCGUUAAAAGUACCUGUGGCUUCAAAGCCUGCUCGCUCUGUUGUUCAUCCGUCCUCGUCGCCUUGUUUCUGCAAGAUCAAGCUUAAGCACUUUCCUGUCCAGACGGCUGUUGUUCCGUACAUCUUGCCGGAGAGUCAGUUUCCCGACGGCCAGAACCAGACAUUUGCGGCUACGUUUCAUUUGAGCAAGUCUGAUCUUGACAGGCUCGCUGCAAAAUCUAUUUUCGGUGGGAACUUGUGCUUGAAAAUCUCGAUGUAUACCGGCCGGAGAGGGACAACCUGCGGGGUUAACUCUGGUAGGUUACUAGGAAAGGUAACCGUGCCGUUGGAUCUGGCGGGAACGGAAUCUAAGGCUUCUGUGUUUCACAAUGGUUGGAUUUCUGUAGGAAAAGACUCCAAAGGAUCCUCUGCUCAGUUUCACUUGAAAGUGAAAGCGGAGCCUGAACCGAGAUUCGUGUUUCAGUUCGACGGCGAGCCCGAGUGUAGUCCUCAAGUCUUCCAGAUCCAAGGGAAUAUCAGGCAACCAGUUUUCACGUGCAAGUUCGGCUUUAGGAGCACCGGUGACUGGAACCAUAGAUCAAGACCUUUACCUACAGAGUCAAGCGGCACAAGGGGAUGGCUCAGUUCAUUUGGUAGCGAAAGAAAGCGACCUGGAGAGGAACGUAAAGGCUGGUCCAUAACGGUCCACGACCUCUCCGGCUCUCCAGUUGCAGUAGCUUCAAUGGUUACGCCAUUCGUGGCCUCAUCCGGUUCAGACCGGGUUACUCGGUCCAAUCCUGGGUCCUGGCUCAUUCUCCGACCGGGCGAUGGAACCUGGAAGCCAUGGGGUCGGCUUGAGGCGUGGCGCGAGCGUGGUGCCUCCGACGAGCUCGGUUACCGAUUCGAGCUAAUCCCGGACACCAAUGGUGCGGCCGGCAUUGUACUCUCGGAGUCCACCCUUAGUUCACACAAGGGCGGCAAGUUUGUCAUUGACCUUGGCUCCAACUCUAACGGACGAGCCACACCGUGCUGUGCCACGUCACCGGCGUGUAGCCCGAGGGGCAGCGGAGAUUAUGGAUACGGCUUGUGGCCAUACUGUAUGUACAGGGGGUUUGUAAUGUCGGCUAGCGUGGAAGGAGAGGGAAAGUGCAGUAAACCCUCAGUGGAGGUGAGCGUGCAGCACGUGAACUGCACAGAGGACGCAGCUGUUUUCGUAGCUUUAUCUGCAGCCAUUGAUCUGAGCAUGGAUGCUUGCAGGCUUUUCUCUCAACGGCUGAGGAAAGAGCUGUGUCAGCAGAAUGACUUACUUGGCUGAUACGUCGUCGUCUUUGUGUUCCCUUUCGAUUUCUUAAUAUUUGAGUCGGGUAAUUUUUGUUUUUAACUGUAUUUAAACCGUUACUAGUAAGUAUUAACUAACUCGGUACAGUUUGGGGAAAAGAUUAGACAGGCACGCUUUGUUUUUACUUGUGUGGCUUGUGUUAAUUUU